AUUGUUUUCUUUCGCAUUCGCAGUGAUCAUUUAUACAUGCAUCUUAAUUUGUUUGUUUUUACAUUAUAUUUCUUUUGUAAACAAUUUAGCUUUAUGAAGACGCGAAAUGGCAAAUCAGGAAAUCAGCUUAAAAUGGAAUGGAUACCAGAAUAAUAUAUUAUCAAAUGUGAAGGAGUUAUUUAAAGACGAAGGUUUAUCUGAUGUGACACUAGUAUCGGAAGGGCAAAGUUUUAAGGCUCAUAAAGUUAUCCUUUCUGCGAAUAGUUCAGUAUUUAGAACGAUAUUUCAGCAAAACCCCCACAAAGAUCCAAUUAUAGUACUUCAUGACAUCAAUACAGAUUCUUUACAAACUUUGUUAAGAUUUAUGUACAAUGGUGAAGUUAAUGUAACAGAAGAAUUUUUGCCAAUACUUUUAAAAACUGCUGAGGCCCUAAGAAUAUGCGGAUUAUCUACUGGCAAUGAUGCUGCUAGGGACGACGAGAAAACUGCAACUUCCACGCAGGCUUUAUCUAAAAAACGAAAGAAAAGUGAGCAGGAUGAUGGAAAUAAGAGCAAUAAAAAACUAAUGCCGUGUCCUGUAAAACUAGAUAAUGCUAUCACCGUGUCAAACUCUGAUGUCCACAAAAACCCCAACAUUGUGCCCAAAGUAGAGCCAGUCGAUUCACCACUAACUGAUUAUUCAGGAGAAAACACUAACGAUACAGACAUUGCCGUUUUAGAAGAUUCAAUCGAGAAAAAAUACUCUGUUAGUCCUGAAAAUGUUCCAAAUAAAUCUAUGUGUAAUAUGGCUUCUGAUCGUUGUGUUAAGAAGUGGAUUAAUGAAGUCAGCAGUACACAGCCAUGCUUAAACAUGAUAAAUGAAAAAAAUAUAGAGCAGGAUGAUGACAAAGAAAUAGAGAUUGACAAGGAAGUAGAGACAGUAUUACAGAGUGGUACUAUAGUAGAAUCCUUAAGUAUAACAACUGAGAAUUUAAAUUUUGUUUCCAGUGAAGCACAAAGUGUAAAAGACAAAACUACCACAUGUUAUGCAAACCCAUCAUUCCCAUGUCCAUUCUGUCCCAGAGUUUACAAUAGCUGGGGUUAUAGACGGAGACAUGUUAAGUCUAGACACAUGACUAACAGAUUGUCAUGCAAAUGGUGCGUUUCAGUACUACCAUCUACUGGAGCAUGGUAUUCCCACGCCACCAGAGCUCAUGGCGUUCCACAUGAAGAAGCAAGAAACUCCCUUGUAGUCAUGGUUGAAGCGCAUGCAGUACUUACUCUAAACGAGCCAAGUGUAGCCCAGUUAUUGGGACAAGUCGGUAUAUCUGACAAUAACGGCACUAGUGUCAAUGACAAAACUGCCUAGGGUAUGUCUUUUCUAUUCUACUAGAUUAUUUGUAUACACUUAAACAAAAAAAUCUUUCAUAUAUAUAGCAUGACCUCAAGCACUAAGUACUUUGAAUGAUGAGCAAAUGAUUUUUAACCAAGUUUACAAAAUACUAUUUUAAAAGUAGUGUCAGCA